UGGUCGUGUAAUUUGUCCAUGCAUACUUUUAUCUAAUUGCUUUGUCAUUUGAAGGCGUUGAGAACUUGCAGGUAUAAACUCACCCUCUCAGGCUCAGGCUCAGGCUCAGGCUCGCUCGCUGCUUCUACAAAAUUUCUCUCCAUCUUCAUCUUCUCGCUAGACUAUGGAAGAACACCAAGUCCUAAAAACUCGCGUAUGCAUAAUAGGAAGCGGUCCGGCGGCUCACACAGCGGCCAUAUACGCGGCACGAGCGGAGCUGCAGCCCAUUCUCUUCGAAGGAUGGAUGGCCAACGACAUCGCUCCCGGCGGUCAGCUUACCACCACUUCCGACGUCGAGAACUUCCCUGGCUUUCCCCAGGGUAUACUUGGCCUCGAGCUCAUGGACAACUGCCGCAACCAGUCCCUUCGAUUCGGCACCCGAAUCUUCACUGAUACCGUCACCAAGGUCGAUUUCUCAACUCACCCUUUCAAGAUCUUCUCCGAUGCCACAACCGUCAUCGCCGAUUCCGUCAUAGUUGCCACAGGCGCCGUCGCUAAGCGUCUCAAAUUCUGUGGCUCCGGCGACGGAGAUGUUGGUUUCUGGAAUAAGGGUAUCUCCGCCUGUGCAGUCUGCGACGGUGCUGCCCCGAUCUUCCGUAACAAGCCGCUGGCGGUGAUUGGCGGCGGAGAUUCUGCAAUGGAAGAGGCCAACUUUUUGACCAAGUACGGCUCCCAGGUUUACAUCAUUCACCGGAGGGAUACGUUCAGAGCUUCCAAGAUCAUGCAGAGCCGAGCCAUGAAUAACCCUAAGAUCCAGGUUUUGUGGAAUUCGGCGGUUGUGGAAGCCUACGCGGAGGAUCAAAAACGGGUUUUAGGGGGUUUGAAGGUGAAGAAUAUGGAGAGCGGAGAGGUUUCGGAUUUGAAGGUCUCUGGCUUGUUCUUUGCAAUAGGCCAUGAACCGGCUACAAAAUUCUUGGACGGGCAGCUGGAACUCGACUCCGAUGGUUAUGUUGUGACGAAGCCAGGAACUACGCUGACAAGCGUACAUGGUGUGUUUGCCGCCGGGGAUGUUCAGGAUAAGAAGUAUAGACAGGCCAUCACUGCUGCUGGUACAGGGUGCAUGGCUGCCUUGGAUGCGGAACAUUACUUGCAAGAGAUAGGGUCACAGGUGGGUGAGAGUGAUUGACUAUCAUCAUCUUCAGGAUGUUCUGAGAAAUCUCCUAAACUGAUGGAAAGAUCCAAUCUGUAGUAUGUUAGUUAAAUGGAGCUUUCAGUGGGUCAACAUAAGAUUUUGAUCUGCACUGUUAUUGACAUCCAUUAUUCAGAUCGAUGCCAGAUUCUUAAUAUAGAAAUAUUAAAAUUUGCAAUUAAUUGUGAUGUUAGCCAGUUACACAUUUAUUAAAAGCAUCUGGUGGGUUCCAGUUUUCGUA